GUUCAUGUAUGUGGACCAAACUGGUCCGGCUAAGCCCGGCCCAUUUGGCAGCUUGACUCGACCUUACACGAGUUGCCAAUUGCCGGCUUCAGCUGAAAGACUGAGCACUUACUACGACGUCGUUACCGCGUUCCUAACCAGUCGCGAUUACAGCCCUAUCUAAUCUCCAAAUUCAGCUUAACUCAACGAAAUUCACAAAAAUUGAUAAUUUCGAAAUCCUCAAAGAAGGCCUCACGAGAUGGCAUCGCCGGUGAUAACGCCGGAGGACGUGCUGGAAACGCUCAUGAACGAUGGAACUAUCGACGCCAUCCGGUUGAAGAUAAUCAACCAGCUUAAAGCCAAUGAGGAGCUAAAGAGUAACACAAUAAAAAUGGUGGAGCAGAGUAAGGUCCUCAAUACUCCUGGUGCUGAAAAACAGACAAAGCGAGAAUUGUUUGAUUCACUUCGACAAGAGCUUGAGGCUCCUGUACUUGAGAAGGCUUCUAGAUCAGUUUGGGACUUGAUCUUGGAUCAAAAUGGCUUGGGGAAGGAAAUCAAUGACACUGUCGAGAGAGUUUUCUGUCAACUAAGCGGUUGUGAACCUCCAUUGUUUCCUACAUCUAGCUGUGAAGCACAGCCAACGAAAGACAAGGAGGUUAGUCCUUCAUCAUCCAAGAAACGAAGUUUUAAUGAUAUGAACACGGAAGAAGCAAAUGGCAUUGCACAAGAGUCGGGCAAUGGCUCAGCCAUGCCCGAGAAUGUUACAAAAGGACCGUCACCUAGUUCCAAACAAUAGAAUUGACUUCACGACGAGGAUCUGGCUUAAGUUUGUGUUGCAGAGAGCCUGAGUGUCUCCAAUUCUAAUCUUAUUGUUUGGGCAUUGGAGAUUGGACGUUUGAAGUUGACUUACUACUUCCAUGAUCUCACCGGAAAGAAACUGGAGCAGACGUGUAAAGUAAAUACUGUUGAUAUGAUUCUUCCUUAAAAGCUACUCUCUCCGUCCGCCAAAAGUGGACCAUUUUUACUAUAUCGGGCGUCCGCAAAGAGUAUACCACUUUCCUUUUAUAAAAA